UCGUGCUCUCUAGCUAGGGAGAGAAACAGGGUGAGAAGAUACGCACACCCACCCGGAGAAGGGAGAGGGGAGUGUGGGAAAAGAAGGGAAAGAAGUAGAAAAAAGACAGCGGGACCUGCCUUAGGUCGGCCGGAGAUGUGCCCGACGACGAAGAAUCCCGGCGCCGGAGCGCCCGCACCGGAGUCCGGGGAGGAGUCCGACUGGCGGGAUGAGGCCAUCAAGGGGGGAUCGCUGCGCCACGUGGACCUCCACACGGGAUCCAACGGCUGGGCGUCCCCGCCGGGCGACCUUUUCGCCCUCCGCGGCUGCAACUACUUCUCCCGCCGGCAAAAGACCCCUUCUGGCGACUGGCUCCUCAAGCCCGCCGGCGUGGACUGGCUCCGAUCCGCCUCCCGCCUCGACAACGUCCUCGGCCGCCCGGACAACCGCGUCGCCGCCGCCCUCCGACGGGCCCAGGCGCUCGGUCUCUCCCGCAAGGUCUUCCUCUUCGCCGUCAACCUCCAGAUCCCCGGCCGCGAGUGCCACUCCGCCGUCUUCUACUUCGCAGCCGAGGAUUCCAUCCCCUCGGGCUCCCUCUUCUACCGCUUCGUCCACGGCGACGACGCCUUCCGCAACGCCCGCUUCAAGAUCGUCAACCGGAUCGUCAAGGGCCCCUGGAUCGUGAAGGCCGCCGUGGGGAACUACGCCGCCUGCCUCCUGGGGAAGGCGCUGACCUGCAACUACCACCGCGGGGAGAACUACCUCGAGAUCGACGUCGACAUCGGGAGCUCGGCGAUCGCCAACGCGAUCCUCCACCUGGCGCUGGGCUACGUGACGGCGGUGACGAUCGACAUGGGGUUCCUGGUGGAGGCGCAGGCUGAGGAGGAGCUGCCGGAGAGGCUGAUCGGGGCGGUGAGGGUGGCGCAGAUGGAGAUGGGGUCGGCUACCUACGUGGAGACACGGGGGAAGGCGGUGGAGGUCGGGAAGCCUCGGAACCUUGCCAAGGUCAAUCACCACAACCAGACCCCGAGGGCGUCCAGAUCGGGAGACGCCAAGGAGCGCGAGGAAGAAGGUAGCAAGCUGUCUGGUCCUUAAAGAUGAGAUGGGUUUCCACUGAGAGCAUCAAUGCUGGUGGCCCUCCUUGGCUGGACAAAUCCAAUUAGACAGCUCCUCAGCCAAAUAAAAGAAGGGGAAAGCCAGGCUGGUUGGAUGAACAACUUCACUAGUGCAAUCAGUGGACCUGACUGGCAUUCAACUUUAAUAUGUAUUCAAGCUAUGCUGCACGUGUAGUAAUUCCAGGCACGUGCAAAGCUUUAUGUACAAAGUUUCAGACUUUUGUCUGGGUUGGAAGCAUCAAAUUGUAGUUUGUACAAGAGCAUAGCAUGUGCUUCAUGCUUCUGUGGUGUUUGUGUGCAGGAGAGAAGACCAGGAGGGAGUCUAGAUUUUUUUUUCUUUUCUUUUCCCUAGGGUUCCCCUUGGCAAGUGCUGCUGCAGCUUAUCACAAAUAAUGGCUUGUUACUGCCUAUGACUUGAUUGAACAAAGCCACUUGCCAGU